CUAGUUUUCUAAGGAGGCUGGUAGGGAUCAGGUAGAUACAACAUGGCUGCUGGUCGAAUAGCUACUUUUGUUGUUAAACCCAAACCUACCUCUUAUUUGGUCUCACAAAUAAGACAUUUGUCAUUAUGGGUUUACACCAUCAACAUAUACAUAGGCUUACUCUAGUGGCUUUUGUUAUGUGCUCAUGUGCUGGUGGUAAAUCUAGAAAACCUUUUACAAAGGAGGGGCAAAGGUUUUAGUCAGGGUAGCCAUUGACACAAUAGUGGCUAUGGUGGCCAUGCUGGGCCUUCAUUUAAAUGGAGUAUCAAAAAACAUCAACAAAAAAGUUUAACUUGUCUUUCUAAAUUAAAACAAUAUUUUUGGUAUAAAUGCUCCCCACCCCCCAAUAAAAUUAAACAUAAAAAAAUGAAUAAAUAAACUGCGAAAAUGACAGAAGAUGAUUAGGGCCACUUACAAGAAAAAAGCAAAAGAAAAGUAAAACAAUUCUGACAUUAAUCUCAUCAUUCAGGCUUUUUGACUUAAAAAUAUGCCCAUGGUUGUAGACCUGUAACUGCAGAUCUUCUAGGUUCCAACAGUCAGAGAUUCUGAUCUCAGAUCUGUUCUGAGUUCUAUAAUCUGCUCUAAUCUGUUAAUCUUCCCACUCCAACUCGCCCCAGCUCUCAGUCUGUUCUACACUGUGGGAAUGAAAGGUGCAGCUCUGGGAGACUUCUUGAUGCUGCCAUGGACCGCCAGCGAUUCAGAACCUGGUACCGGGGUGUGCGAUCAGGGGGUUCUGAUGCUGAGAUGUGGAGCUGCAGUGGGAGUCGCUCUGAUUUGUGUGGUGGUAAUAAGGAAGUGGAUUGCAGGUGGGGUGUGUCGUUGUUCAGUGCGUUUGGAUGGGAAGACAGUUCUGGUCACUGGAGCCAACACUGGCAUCGGUAAAGAGACCUGCAGAGACCUGGCAGCAAGAGGUGCUCGGGUGGUGAUGGCGUGCAGGGACCUGGUCCGGGCAGAGCAGGCAGCAGAGGAGAUCCGACGCUCUACAGGAAAUGGAAAUGUGGUGAUCAGGCACCUGGACUUAGCCUCCAUUUACUCAGUGACACAGUUUGCCAAGGACUUCCAAGACAGUGAAGACAGACUUGAUGUGCUUAUCAAUAAUGCAGGAGUGAUGAUGUGUCCCAGAAAGAUCACAGAGGAUGGGUUUGAGACUCAGAUGGCUGUCAAUCAUCUGGGUCACUUCCUGCUGACCAAUCUGUUGCUGCCAAUGCUGAGGAGCUCCGCCCCCAGCCGUGUGAUUAAUGUGUCAUCCAUCGCCCACCAGGGAGGUCGUAUUGACUUUGAUGACUUGUUCUUCACCAAGCGUCCGUACAGCGCACUGGGGAGCUAUCGGCAGAGCAAACUGGCCAACGUCCUGUUUACCAGGGAACUCGCUCGACGACUCACAGGCUCUGGUGUUUCUGCGUUCUGUCUCCACCCAGGUGUGAUCAGGACUGAGCUCAGCCGUCAUGUAGAGAGCCAGUUCCCUCUGAUUGGUGCACUGAUGAGGCUUCCUGGCCUGCUGCUGAUGAAGACCCCCUGGCAGGGUUGUCAGACCACCCUGUUCUGUGCUGUGACCCCAGGUCUUGAGGACCGUUCUGGCUGUUAUUUCAGUGACUGCACAGAGAAGGAGGUGGCGCCAGAAGGACAGGAUGACAAGGUGGCAAGGAGGUUGUGGGAGGAGAGCAUCCGACUGGUCAGGCUGACCUCUGACAGCAGCGUCCCCAUCAGGACAGACUGAGAAACGUUUGUUUGUUUUUCUAAAGUAUGCUCAGGUGGAGGUGGUGAAGGUAUUCCAUCUGGAUGUCUUCUGUUUGUUUCCUUCGUGUUGCCUUUAAGGUUCCUCCGGUUCAGAGCUUCGUUUGUCUUUGCUGCAGAUCUCUUUGUGAUCUUCUUGUACUUUCUUAUCUUUCUAAUUAGGUUUUUUUUUUUAAAAACUAUAUUUGUGUUUAGUUUGUGUUGGGCAUCAUUGUGAGGAGAUGAUUCAUGAUCUUGUGUGUGAAUAAUUUAAACUCAGAGUCUAAUGAUCGGAAGCUCCCUUUUAAUCAGUAAAUGAAACUUCUGACAUUGUUUCAACAUAUUGUUUAAUGUUUGACAAACUUUGUAAAGUUUAAGUGGAAAUAAAAUUAUGAGCUAAAAUGUC